GACGUUGAAAAAGCAGUCAGAGACAGAGAGAGAGAGAGAGAGAGAGAGAGAGAGAUCAUAAAACGAGAGAGACACACUGAAAUACCAGAGAAAAAGGAGAGAGCGAGAGAGGCUGAGAGAGCGACAUAAUAAAUGAACGCGAGCGGCAGAGAGUAGAAAGAGCGAGAGGCAGACGGACGGAGAGAGAGAGAGAGAGAGAGAGAGAGAGAGAGAGAGAGAGAGAGAGAGAGAGAGAGAGCCGGUGCUGCUCCGCUUCGCCUCAGUCCUCAGUGCCGCGGAAGAGAGAAGAAGAAACUCCACACGUUCCUCCUCAGCUCGACAUGAAAAGGUAACGAAUCCCUCCAUCCACUAACAGCGAGGCGCGAGAGCGGCAGCGUUCCAUCCCGCGCGGGAGCCUCAACGGUCGUUGUAACGGGCGAUCAACCCUCCAUGGGAAACUGAGUGAAACGUUCUGCCAGAAGAGGCUCGGAUUGAUAGAGGCAGAUACUGCAGAAGCGGAAGAAAAAAAAGAGGGAUUGCGUGACUGACACCUGCCCUGCAGCUUUGGCAGAGGACGUGUAACGGAGGAGUAAAGACUGGGGGGGGAGCAGGGAAAUAGACACAGAAGGAAGAAUGAAGACAACCAGAAAGGAAGCAUUUCCUUCCAUUAGCUGUCACUUAAAUUAAUUCACUAUACCUUCAAUCACUCAACAUGACUGACAGGUGGAUCUUCUUAUUGGUAUCCUUUUGCCUGUGGGAGGGGCUUAUAGGCUUGGGAUCAGUCACAAAGGUCGUUAAGAGAAGAGGAUUGGGUUCAGUUCAUUCCCAAUUGCAUGGAGGCAAUGGGGUGGCCAAUCAAUGGGAUACAAGUGUGGAAAAGAAUGGAUUGCCAGUAGUUCGGCUCAAAGAACUGAUUGGUGCUGACAAAGUGGAUGACAGAUCUAUAGGUCACCCAAAAGGUGCUCAGAACAAUGGAGCCCUGCCUGUCUCAAACCAGGACGAACUCCUUGAUUUUAAUGCGAAAUCUCUUCUUCAGGUAGACGACUCCAGUAAGAGGGUACGCAUGGCAGUUGAUGGUACACGGGACGUGCUUGAGUCAAGAAGGAAUAGGAAUACCACUAAAAACAUGGAAGUUGCACCUAAAAGUGGACGACUUGAUAAGGGGACUCCAAUUCACCACAAGAUAGACUCUAGUUUACACCUAAACAGAACCAGAUUCAAGUCCCCUCCAAGAUCAAGAGGGAGGUCAAGCCCUGGGAUUCUCAGCAAUGCCAAGGGUCCGAAGGGGGCUAUGCUGGACCCACCGCAUAAAUUAAACUUGACUGGAAGCUACGGUGUAUUGAAGCUCAUUUCCAAGGAUAACCUUGUGCGGAUUGUGAACUCCCAACUCCAGAACGGUCUGAAUUUCCAGAACAAGAUUAGUCACAGUAGGAAGAGAGAUUUGAUUGAUAUGGAUCGCAGCCAAGUGGAGGAACCUGAAAUAAAGAGACAAGACAGGCCAAUAACUCCAGAUGUUCAUGAAUCUGAUCAUCAUAACAAGAAUCUAACAGUUGAGCCAUGCUCAAGCACCAUCACAAAUCCCAAUGGUAAUCCAGAUCAAACGAUUCGCACUCUAAGGAAACCAAUUAGUGAACGCACUCCCAAUUCGAGAGAGGAAGAGAAAAAGGCAGAGGCAAGGGGUGCAGCUUUCACUGUUUCUUGGAGAAGCAAACACUACACUACCCACGUGGCAUCAACACCACAAAGUGAACUUGUGGUCAACACAGAGGCCAAUCUUGUUACUGUGCACAGCGAUACUUCUCCAAGUAUGUUGCAUGCUCCGUCUCAGACAGACUCUGAUCCAAAAAAGAGCUCAGAAACUGAUGCAAAAGAGGAACCAGGAUUGGAAUUCAGUGCCACCCAGGAUCCCAUUAGUAAAGCUUCAGAUUCUCUUGAUGGUGGUCACAUUCUGAAGCUUCCCCCGAAUCCGGAACGCAGUGGAGGAGGUACGGAAAGCAGAGGGACAACUGUGGACACCUGGCCUGGCCGAGGGUGGCAUGGCCUCGUGUUCCAGGAAAUGGAGGAGGACGAAGAUAAGACAUGGAGUCCAAAGGAAGGAUCUCGAUCAAGAAGACGACGCAGUUGGAUCUGGAACCAGUUCUUUGUUAUUGAAGAAUAUGCUGGGCCAGAACCUGUUCUCAUUGGAAGGCUGCACACUGACAUGGACAGAGGUGAUGGACGCACGAGGUACGUGCUCCGGGGCGAAGGGGCGGGGUCCGUGUUCGUGAUUGACGAGAAGACGGGCAACAUCCAUGUGACCAAGCCCUUGGACAGGGAGGAGAAGGAUGAGUACCGGCUGAUCGCCACAGCAACAGACAGCCAGACGGAACGUGCCUUGGAGCCCUCUUCUCAGUUCAUCAUCAGGGUGCAGGACAUCAACGACAACCCACCUGUGUUUGAGGAUGGGCCCUACAGCGCCACCGUCCCUGAGAUGGCCAACAUAGGCACAUCCAUUGUCCAGGUGACGGCGACUGACGCGGAUGACCCCACCUAUGGGAACAGCGCUCGGCUGGUCUACACGCUGGUCCAAGGCCAACCACACUUCUCUGUUGACCCACAAACAGGAAUUUUGCGCACAGCUGUGCCUGACCUGGACAGAGAAACGCAGGAUCAGUACCUCGUGGUGCUCCAGGCUAAAGACAUGGGUGGCCACCUUGGAGGCCUUUCUGGAACCACCACAGUUACUGUGAAACUGACCGACGUCAACGACAACCCACCACACUUCACACAGAGCACCUGGCUCUUCUCUGUCUCCGAGUUGGCUGUGCCGGGGGCGGAGGUGGGCCGGAUCUCGGCAACAGAUGCUGACCUGGGAGAGAAUGCCAAGCUGGAAUAUACCAUUCUGGAGGGUGAGUCGGGGGACACCUUCAACAUUACCGGAGUGAACCAAGAGGCCAUCAUCAUCCUCAACAAGGCUGUGGACUACGAGAGCCGCAGUUCAUACUCUUUCUCCGUGGAGGUGCUGAACCCCACCGUGGACCCCCGCUUUCUGCGCCGUGGUCCCUUUAAGGACCGUGCCUCUGUUCGAGUUGCAGUGCUGGAUGCUGAUGAGCCGCCAAGGUUCUCACGAGCCCGCUACCGCAUGGACGUGUCUGAGAACUGCCCACCGGCUUGCACUGUGGGCCGGGUCAGUGCCGUGGACCCAGACACUGGACUCAACAACAACAUCAGAUACUCCAUUGAUCCCCAGUCAGAUCCAGAGGCUCUGUUCCGCAUCGCCCCAGACACUGGACUCAUCACUACGGCGACAGAGCUGGACCGCGAACAUGAGCAAUGGCACAACGUCACCAUCAUUGCCACUCAGAGAGACAACCCCAGCCAAGUAUCCAGGGUGGUGGUUGCUAUCGAGACACUGGAUCUGAAUGACAAUGCCCCGGAACUAGACCGACAGUACAACACGGCCAUGUGUGACUCCGCCUCCGCUGGACAGGUGGUGCAGGUGUUGAGAGCGAUUGAUAGAGACGAGGGAGGCAAUGACAGCACCGUCCAUUUCAACAUUCCUCCAGAGUCCAGCACCGCACUCAACUUCAGCAUCAGAGAGAGUGGAGGCCCCACCGCAAGCCUGGUGCUGGCCUCGCCCUUGCAGUCGCUCUCCCGCUCCUCCUCUUCCUCCUCCUCCCUCACCCUCCACGUCCCGCUGAUCCUGAGGGAUGGCUCCUCGGGGCUGACCAGCACCGGGACGGUCACCGUGUCCGUCUGUCCCUGUCUGAAAGGAGGGGCGCGGGCCGGGGAGAAGGAGAAACAGAGCGACGCAGAAUGGGAGAGGGAGACGGUAUGUCUGCCCCAACACUCUUCACUGCCCUCCCCUGGACUCAGCACUGCUGCCCUGCUGGCUAUUUUAGCCUGCGUGGCCACACUUUUGGCUGUCAGUGCUCUCUCUCUGUCCCUGCGCCGCCAAAAAAGGGACUCCCUCUCUCCUCUGGAGGAAGACGAUGUCAGGGAGAACAUCAUAACGUACGAUGAUGAGGGAGGUGGCGAGGCAGACACGGCUGCGUUCGACAUCACAGCACUCCAGAGCGCCCCCCACAGCGCGCACAGGGGGUACCGCACUCUGGACAGCAGAAAUAUACGGUAUUCCCAGCGUGGCCAGGAUAAGGCACGGACAUACAGCAGCUGGGCUCAGUCAGGGGUUCUGGACAGCGGUCAUCAUAGCCAGACGACUCCUCUGUAUGGUCGCUUAUGUUACAGCAGCCAAACGCUCCCUGUGCUCCGACGCACACAGGCUCCCUACGAGCCUGGCCUGGCUGAGCUGGGCUACCGCUUUCCUGGGGGCCAACCAGACCACUCCCUGGUCAUUCAGAACCAGGGGGCAGUGGUGGGACCCCUGGAGCCAGGGGCUUUGUAUGUGGGGUCUGGAGAGGGAGGGAACAGUUCCAGGGAGGGGACAGCAUCCCAGGAUGGAGCCACUGCAUCCGAAGGGGGAACGCCACGGAAAAACGAUGCCAAGGAGGAUUCGAGCAGCGAUGCCCAGCAGAGCCAAGAUCUGGACUGGAAGCGUAAGCUCAUCCUGACCCGCUCUGACCCUCCUGCUCCUCCCCGUCCCAAACAGGUGCAGUCAGAGUCUGUCCCUCGCGAACAGCAGACGCUGGUGCUGACCCGCUCCGGUUCCCUGGCAGCUGUCUCCGGUGUUUCGGGCAGCUGGGCGUGCGACUCUGCCACUCUGCCCUCAGCUGGGCGGCGCUCGUCACGGGCUGGGAUGUCUCCGAAGAAGAACGCGGCUGGUUCCAUGGAGUCAGGCACCGACGGAGCUGCCAUUCGCAAUUACGCAACCAUCCUGCAGGGGGAUCCGCAGAGGGACUACACGGGCAGCCUGGGCCGAGGCGGACUGGAAAUGGGCAGCAACUUUGUGGUGUAUCCGGAGAGCGCUGGAGGGGGAUUCAUAGGGGACUGGCGGGAUAGGGUGGGUUUGGGGAGUUUCGGCCUGGGAAGGCGGGAUAUGACCCCCCAGCUGCUGCCCUAUCCCAGCCAAGGUCGGGGAUCUUUUGCGGGGAUUCUGGGGUACGGAGGCGCCUGGCCUACAGGGCCCGAAGCAGCAGCUAGAGCGGCCUCAGCCGGAGGAGGCGGAGCGGGUCACUCUCUUGCCCUGAGGGUGGGCGAGUUCCUGCGGUUGCGCCUGGCCCAGGUAACCUUCGAUCCCACGCAGCCGCCAUACGACUCAGUGCAGGUGUACGGGCUGGAGGGCACGGGGUCUCGGGCUGGCUCGCUCAGCUCCCUGGAAAGCGAGGGGGAAAAAGACGGAGAGAAGGAAGAGUGGGGUGGCGGCCUGGAGGAAUGGGGGCCGCAGUUCCGCAAGCUGGCCCAGCUGUUCCGAGACCGGGAGAAGGAAAAAGACGAGAAGGAGAAGGACGGAGAGAAGGCGCGGAAGCGGAGCACAGAGGAGGAGGAUGAGAAAGAGGAGCAGUCCGGAGAUGAGAGGAAGGACAAGGACUGAAAGAGAGAAUGAGGGGAAAGAGAGAGAGAUAGAGAGGUGUAAAGGGUGAGGGGAUGAUUAAACAACGAUGAGAUCGAGAAUAAUGGGAAGAGAAGCGAGGGGCGAAGGAGACGUAGAGGAAAAGUAAUGGGGAGAGACGGAGAAAAACAAGCGUCGGCAAGAGAGGCAGACAAAGACAAAGAGAGAGAGGAGGCUGCGGAGAGAGUGAUUGAUGCAAUUUGAAGCAAUAAGUGUUGAAAAGCAGAAGCGUGAGCACAGAAGCUAAAGACACCGAAGGCUCUGUUUCACAUCAGAGUAUUUACCAUUCUUUAAGAGCGCCAGGCAGGGAGGAGUAAAAAAAAAGAUGCUUAUAGUGUCUUAGAUUAGCUUCAGUUCACACAAUGAGAGGAGAGAGAGAGUGAGAGAGAGACCUUGUAUGAGAGAUAUCGAGAUAUUCCAGAUGACUUGGACCUUAAAUUAUGUUUUUGGGGCAACGUGCAAGACAAUACAUCCACCAGGGAGUCUGGGAAGAAAGUAGGCUAACAUAGCGCAGGCGAUAAGAACUACAUAAGGGUGGGAGAUAAAGGUUUGUACAGAAAUUGUUGAUACAUCCACCGAGGAAGGUGGGAAUGAAUUAUUCAGCCCACAGUGUCAUUCCAAACGAAAGGUCUGAAUAUUUCAAUCCUGGAAGAAGAAAAAAAAAACGCACCUACACACCUACUCUCGCGCACUCACAUGUUCACAGUCUUAAAGAGCAUAUCCUCUGUUCAUUUCCUUUGCCUUUUCAAUGCAAAUAACCUGGAUUUGAGAUGGACUGCCAGUAACAUCUCGAGAAGAACUGAUUGUAUACGAAGCCGUGAAAUAAGCUAUAUAUCUAAAUAGUGAUGCUGACGUGCAACGUAUACAAAUGGACUAUGAAAUGUCUAAAAAAAAUUAGAGGGCAACCACGUUACGUUGAACGUGACCAGAAACCCUUGUUCUUUGUUGAAAAGUUAAAGAAAUAUUUCAAUUUCAAAACAUCUUGUUUGGUAUUAUUUCUGAAUUCUUCAUUAUAAAGUCAUUCAGAGUGAUUCAUUCAGGUUUGAAGUAAAAUGAUUCAUUGUAGAGAAACUUGCCGCCUCUGACUUCUUUACAGUGGUGCCGAUGGGAAGCAAAUAUUGAUAUCCAAAAUGACCAGUGAACCUACAUAUUGCUGUUGUCAGAAACCUCGUAAUGGUAACUUUACAAGAGAAG